AUGUCUGCAUGGACGCUCAGAAAGACAGGAACACAGGUGGCUGAUCAGCUCCUCACUCGUGCACACCAGGGGGUCCUACAGGCACUUCAUCUGACCUUAGCUGCCUGUCUCAGUGCCUGCAACACUGACUGCAAGGACCCUCAUCUGCUGCUCCAGGCAUUGAAAAGGACACCCCUCCCCAGCGGCCGAUUCACCUCUCUUACUCAGGCUGUAACUUCCCUGCUCAAUACAGCAGAGCAGAUCUACAUGGAGGAGGCGCCAUUCACUUCAAUGGCCCGCCAGGCCCCCUACUGCUCGGCCAAAAAGAAGGGGGGCUGCAUCCCUGCGGAUUAUCCUAAUGGUCAAGUGGAUGAUCAGUGUGAUCUGCAUCUCAGGCUGAUGCAGACCAUACGAAUUGAUCCCUGCAAAUCAGCAGCAGCACCACGAGGGAUCGAUCAGUAUGAUCUGCAUCAAAAAGACAAGUGCAGAGAGAGACUUCCACUGCUUUUUCUACAUCAGUUUCACUACUUGCAGAAAGACGGUCACCGCUCUAUGCAAGCAGAUGAACGGAAAGUUUGUCAAGAACUGUACAAUGACACUGAAUGCAGUGGUAUCCAGAAAAACAAAGAUGAAUAUGAAGUUGUCCAAAGCAGAGGAUCCUAUAUUAUGCUUAUAUACAUUGCAAUUAUGAGCAUAAUGUCCGUUCUACCAGCACUCAUUCUUGGGAAUUGGUCAGAUAAGGGUAGUCGCCGGCUUGGAAUGAUCUUGCCUUCUGCUUUCGCUGUUGCAAGUGGAGGGCUUUUUAUUGCAAUCUACUGUUUUAAAGAAAUGACUUAUUACUGGACCUUUGCUGCUGCUGCUUUGAUUGGCAUUUCUGGAGGACAUGUCUCAAUGUUUUUAAGUGUUUUUAGUUAUUUGGCUGACAUUACGGAAAAUUCUCAGCGCACUUUUAGAAUGGGAAUUGCUGAAUCAAUGGUAUUUAUUGGAGGAACUUCUGGCUUUCUGCUGGGUGGAACCUUACUUCAGCAUAGCACAUUCACCAUAGUGUUUGGUGUAUAUUGUGGCUGUAAUUUGCUUGCAGCACUGUAUGUGCUGUUUUGGUUACAGGAAUCAAGGUCUUCCAGUGUAUAUAGUAAACUGUAUGAGGAGUAUCAUGGUGGUGAUGAUGACUGUAGUACAAGUGAAGUCCCUCUAAAAAGAUCCUUCAUAACAUAUAUUAAAGGAUCAUUUAGCACUAUUUGCAAGAAGCGUGAAGGUCACAAUAGAAUGAAGUUUCAUCUCAUCCUAAUCUCUGUUUUCCUAAUUAAUAUCUGCAAUGUUGGAGAGCAAUCAAUCACUCUGAUGUAUGUGAGCUAUCCUCCAAGAAGUUUCAACAAUGAGCUUUAUGGUUGGUAUACAGCAUCCAAAAUGUUGAUUUCAGGCAUAUGUCUACUUUUUACAUUCCACUGGCUGUUAAAACAUGUAGAGGAAACAAAGCUUGCAAGAGUUGGAGUGAUCAUGAGAACCAUUUCUUUUCUACUGUUGGCUUUUUCAACAACCAAAUGGAUGAUAUUUUUAAGUGGCAUAAUACAUGCUCCAAGUGGAUACACUAUGGCUGUUCUUCGAUCUGUGUCCUCUAAAAUAGCACAUCCAAAUGAACAAGGUGCAAUGUUUUCGAUUAUGGCAUCUGUAGAAACUAUAUGUUUACUCAUUGGUGCAGCUAUUUUCAAUGGGCUUUACCCUGCUACCCUAUCAACAUUUCCAGGAAUGUGUUUUAUUAUUAUGGCAACUUUCCAGUUUAUUACUUUUGUGAUUAUCCAGUAA